AAUAAAUCAUAAUGGGUAUUCCACUAUCAACUAUAUUUGAUUCAUGGUUCUCAAAGAAAGAAAUGAGAAUAUUAAUGGUCGGCUUAGAUGCAGCUGGCAAAACCACUAUUUUGUAUAAAUUGAAACUUGGAGAGGUAGUUCAUUCUGUUCCAACUAUUGGAUUCAACGUUGAAAAGGUUGAAUAUAAAAAUAUCAGUUUCACUGUUUGGGAUAUUGGAGGUUAAGAUAAAUUGAGAUUAUUAUGGAGACAUUACUUCACUGGUUCUUAAGGAAUCAUUUUUGUUAUUGAUUCAUCAGAUAAAGAAAGAAUUAAUAUAGCCAAAGAAGAAUUAAUGAGAUUAAUGGGUGAUGAAGAAUUAAGAGAUGCUGCACUUUUAAUUUUAGCAAAUAAAUUUGAUAUCUCUCAAGUUACUGUUGAUGAAUUAAUAUCUAAAUUGGAGUUAUAAAGCAUGAGAAGAGAAUGGUUUGUAUAAACUACUUGCGCAAUUACUGGCGAUGGACUUUAUCAAGGAUUAGAUUGGUUAUCAAAACAAUUCAAAAAAAGAAAAAACUGA